AGGUCUUCAAAGUUGUAGACCUCACAACAAGCAGAUUGAGCUUCGCCUCGACUACUUUCGGUGAAGGACGCGGCAGUUAAGGCACUACGCUUAAUUUCCUUUUUCCCGAUUUAGACGAUGGCGUCCAGAUUGUGUCUCCUUGUAACGAUCGCACUGUCAGGUUGGGUUGCGGUGCAGGCGACGGAUUACUGCAAGUUUACUCCUGAACACACCAUGUGCAAGUAUCAUGGCCGAGGCCCUCGCUGCGGCCCUGAGGUAGGACCCAGAGGAGUGAGUCCGCAAGAUAUCAGCCUGAUCGUGGAUUUGCACAACAAACUUAGGGCGCAAGUGGCCCGCGGGGAGGAAGAUAGAGGAGCGCCCGGACCACAGCCUUGGGGCGCCAACAUGAUGGCCUUGGAAUGGGACGAGGAACUGGCCGUUGUGGCACAACGUCACGCUGACCAGUGCAUUUUCAACCACGAAUGUUCCAACUGUCGCCGUGUAGACAGGUUCAAGGUGGGACAGAAUCUCCACUUGCGCAGCCGAUCAGGAUACAGCGAGCAUGAUCCUGACUGGCGCGCCGCUAUCUAUGAUUGGUAUGACGAAGUGGCUGAUCUCCCUACAGACGUCGUUGCAUCUUACCGUGGGACUAGGGCGGAGACCGGUCACUAUACGCAAAUGGUGUGGGCAACCACGUCACGCAUCGGCUGCGGCCUUUCCACAUAUAAGGAGGGUGACUGGAUAACGCAACUCUAUACCUGUAAUUAUGGUCCUACCGGUAACUAUCUCAGCCACCAAAUGUAUGAAGAAGGUGAACCAUGCUCCUCCUGCCCCGAUGGCACCUCCUGCUCCAACGUGUAUGACGGACUUUGUGGCAAUACAGGAAGAAGUGGCUCACGAUUCUUUCGACUUCCACCUCCAACCAAUAGAGAAGGCAGUGGCUCACGAUUCUUUCGACCUCCACCUCCAACCAAUAGGGAAGGCAGUGCCUCACGAUUCUUUCGACCUCCACCUCCAACCAAUAGGGAUGGCAGUGCCUCACGAUUCUUUCGACCUCCACCUCCAACCGAUAGGGAAGGCAGUGGCUCACGAUUUCCUCAACCUUCACUUCCUCUUCUUGAAAUUCAUCAUUUCCCUUACGAAUACGAAUAGGAAUACGAAUACGGCUCGGGGGCCAAGUGAUUUGAGACCGUAUGCUGAUUUCCUGUGGUGUUAUACACUGUCUGCCAUGCACACCAACUCAAGAUAAUGUUAACACUGCUAUCGACCACUUCAGCAUCACAUCUCGAAGAAAAGCGAGGUCAAAUAACAGGAAAAUGUUAACCCUUCCUUCUACAAUAUAAAUAAGAGUGUAUUCAAUAUAGCAUAAAAAAUGUCA